CUUCUACUUUUCUUGUAAGGUUUAUUAUAAGAUUUGUGUGUCUCACACUAUUUUUUAAUCAUCUUUGUUUUCAUAUUCUUGUCUUCUUUUCAAGUUGUGGAUCUCAAUACUGUUCUCAGUAUCUUUUCUAGAAAUAGAAAAUUAGAUUCUCAUAACCAAAUAUAUUUGCUCCUCAAGUUUUUGGUUAUGUUUCUCUAGUUGUUUCUCAUUUUUGAUCCUAUUCUGUUCUUGGGUUUUCCUUCAUUUUUCAUUUCUGGUAGACAUAAAUCUUUGCCUGUUGCUAUUAUAUUAUUGUUAGUUGUUGUUCUCUGACAAGAGAAUAAAUAAGUGGUUUUUGAAGCAUACCCAUACCUUAGAUUUUUCUAGUCAGAGAAUAUCAGACAUUCUCAAUUAUUGCUGUUUGAUGCAUACUAGAAUGUGAGAUUCUGAUUUGGUUUCUGGCUACCCAAAAUCGUGGGAGAGUUUAGGCAGGAAUCAAAAAUCUAGUUGAAACAGAUAAAAAUAUGGAUGGUGGUUAUGGAGGUGUUUUAUCUGAUUGGAGCUGGGGUGAGAAUAAGUUGUUUGAAUUAGCUUUAGCAGUCAUUGAAGAAAACAAUCCGGACAGAUGGAAACUGAUAGCUGCUAUGGUUGGUGGAAAGAGUGAAGAGGAAGUUGAGAAACAUUGCAGAAUGCUUUUGGAUGAUCUGCAGUCAAUUGAAUCUGGUAAAUUGGAUCAUACAUUUGGUGAUGCAACAAAACUAUCUCUCUCUAUUGAGUGUGCUCAAUCAGUUUGUUGGACUGAUGAAGAUCAAAAGAUGCUUGUUCGGCUGGACAUGAAUUCGUCGGCCAAAGAAGGGGAAAAGCGCGUACUGUCUAUUUAGUUUGUUCCUUCCAUGAAUAUGUAGAAUGUAGCCACCGUGACUCUAUGUAUUAGAUAUUAACGUACGGGUUUCAUUUAUUUAUUCAUUUUAUAUUUUCAGUAACUUCUUAGUGGAAAAAUAGAAAUUUAUGUUUUCUUUUGAAUGAACUGAACAAUUCUCCUCA